UCUCCGCAACCGCUCGCGCACAUCGCCUACGACGCAAGCACGGGCAACGCGACGCUCAGCAGCUGGGCCGGGCCCAGCAUCGUGAGCAGCGACGGCAACGCCAACGCCAGCCCCGACGCGCUCGUCCGCAUCGGCUUGCGCGACCCCUCGCCCGGCGCGGCGUGGACCGGCAUCCUGACCUCUGCGCGCGCGCUAGGCGCCGAGUUUAAGAAGACGCUGGUGCUGCAUGCGGACCGGGAGGGCCGUGUGUAUGGCGUUGGGUUUGGCGCUGAGGCGAGGGUCGAUGGCCCUGCUGCCGCAGACGAUGUCGUCGAUGUUAGGGUUGAGAAGGUGCGGGCGGGCCCGGCGCCCGUCUUGAAUAAGCCCGUUGUGUUGGACGAAGCGGGCAAGGUCAAGGGCCAGCAGGUCGAAGAGAAGUCGUUCUUGCAGAAGUACUGGUGGGUCCUCGCGCUGUUCUUGGUCAUGCAGCUUGCGGCUGGCGGA